AUUCAAAGUUUGCGGAAGUUUGUUUUUCACAUCUGAAGUUGGAGCUGGAAACACAAAGAAACAAACUCUGAUAUCGGCAUUGUUUGUGGGAUAGAUGGACCUGAAAGGGGAGAAAAUACAGCGGACGCUCUCAAAGUACAAAUUUCGCGAUGUUGCCAUCGAAGAGAUGCAGAAAAUCGACCGGAUCUACCCUGGAAUGGUUCCAUCCUCAGACACCUACACGUUCAGCGACAGCUCUCAGAAAGACCUCCUGAAACUUGUGGGAAACCUUCCCGUCAAAUAUGAAGGUCGUUCGUACAACUUCCCCAUUCAGCUGUGGCUGUUGGACUCGUUCCCCUUCACGCCUCCCAUCUGCCUCCUGAGACCCACGUCCAACAUGAUGAUCAGAGAGGGCAAACACGUGGACGGCAGCGGGCGGAUCUACCUGCCCGGACUGCACAACUGGGACUACCCCAAGUCCUCCGUGGUGGGUCUCCUGAACGAGAUGACGGCGAAGUUCGAAGAGGAUCCUCCGCUGUCUGCGAAGCCCUCCGGAGAUGAGAAGGAUCCCCACGAGCUCCUGGCGUUCGUCUCCAACCUCAAGAUGAAAGACGCUGGAGUCCGACAUCACGACCAACCGGUCAAGAAGGUCUCCGUCAUCGGAGGAGGCGAUUUAGGAAUGGCAGCGGUGAUGAGCAUCUUAUCGAAGUGCAACGUGGACAAGCUUGUUUUUGUGGACGUAGCCGAGAGUUCCACCAAAGGCGGGAGCACCGAUCUGGAGAUCUUCAAUCUGCCCAAGGUGGAAGUUUCCAGAGAUUUUUCCGCCACGGCGGGUUCCCGGGUCGUCGUGGUGACGGCAAACUCGUGGAGCAGCGAGCAGUCGUACGUGAGCGUGGUGCAGACCAACGUGGACCUGUACAGAAGAAUAAUCCCAAACCUGGCGCGCCUCAGUCAAAGCGCCGUGAUGCUCAUCGCGUCUCAACCAGUGGACAUCAUGGCCCACGUGGCCUGGAGGCAGAGCGGGCUGCCCCCGACCCGGGUGGUGGGCGUCGGGUGUAACCUGGACUCGGAGCGGCUCACUCACAUCCUCAACAUCAACCUCAACACUCACAAGGCGGCCUGGGUCAUCGGAGAGCUGUCAGACAACAAAGUUGCAGUGAUGAGCAGCGACUCCCUGAACUCCAACACUCCUCCAGAGAUCGCUCCAGGAUCCAGCUCCACCAAACCGCUGCUCGACAGAGGCCUGGAGGUGAUGAAGAACCGAGGCCAGCGGUCCUGGUCUGUGGGUCUGUCCAUCGCCGACAUCACCAACAGCGUCCUGACCAACAAGAUGAAGAUACACGCCAUCUCCACGCUGGCUCAGGGCUGGGGCGGCAUCGGCGCCGAGGUGUUCGUCAGCCUGCCGUGCAUGAUGGGAGCGAGCGGCUCCUCCCGCCUGGCCGGAGUGUCGCUGGAGCAGGAAGACGACUCCAAGCUGAAGAACAGCGUGGCUUCGCUCUCCAACCUGAUGAGUCAGCUCAGGAUAUGAAGACGCGCACUGUCAAACCGCGGCCUGCACUUUGUUUUUAACUUAGACAACACUUCUGUCUCAUGGAUGUAGAAUUUAAUCAGAUUUUUGUCACACUGAAGUAAAAUUUAACAGGGUUAUGACAGGAUCCCAUCUUAAAUUUUUUAUUUUAUUUUUUUUUUUUUACAUAAAUGCCCUGAGAUAUCGGAACAUUUUAAAUUCCUACAUAUGCAAAUGAAGUCAAGUUCAGGUUUGGCUAUAUUGACCAUGAAUAUCUGGAGCUCAUCUGUUCCUUCUGGCAGAUAAAUGACAAUAUUCAGCUGGUUGCCUUAACUGUCAUUUUCGUGCUAUUUUGUAAUUGCCUUUAAACUUGAACGGCGCUUUAAAUGAAGUACGGUAACCUAAAACGUGUACAGUAAAUGGAACUGCAGGGUUUUGUGGGGGUGUGUGCAAUAAAUACCUGAAAGCAGAU